GCCCCGCCCCGUGGCCCCGCCCCCGUGUCUCGCGCCUUGGCGCGUCCCGGGAUCUCGGCGCGUCACUUCAGGGAGCCCUCGCCUCCCGGAGGAGCUCGGGUUGCCAAAAUGAGCCGAAAUCUGAAAAUUGCUCAGUAGGACCAGGCAUGGGGCUUUUCAUGUGGUUUCACUUGCCAAUAACCACUCUCUUGAUAACUGUGCUGCUGCUAACAUCUGCAGAAGAUUUGGACUGCGCGCCUGGAUUUCAGCAGAAAGUGUUCCAUAUCAAUCAGCCAGCUCAGUUCAUCGAGGACCAGGUGAUUCUAAACUUGACCUUCAGUGACUGCAAGGGAAACAACAAGCUACACUAUGAGGUCUCAAGCCCAUACUUCAAGGUGAACAAUGAUGGCAGCUUAGUUGCCCUGAAAAACAUAACUGCGGUAGGCAAGACUCUGUUCAUCCACGCCCGGACUCCCCAUGCAGAAGACAUGGCAGAACUUGUGAUUGUCGGGGGGAAAGACAUCCAGGGCUCCUUGCAGGAUAUAUUUAAAUUUGCAAGAACUUCUCCUGUCCCAAGACAAAAGAGGUCCAUUGUGGUAUCUCCCAUUUUAAUUCCAGAGAAUCAGAGACAACCUUUCCCAAGAGAUGUUGGCAAGGUAGUCGAUAGUGACAGACCGGAAGGGUCCAAGUUCCGGCUCACUGGAAAGGGAGUGGAUCAAGAGCCUAAAGGAAUUUUCAGAAUCAAUGAGAACACAGGUAGCGUCUCCGUGACACGGACCUUGGACAGAGAAACGAUCGCUACUUAUCAGCUAUUUGUGGAGACCACUGAUGUCAGUGGCAAAACUCUCGAGGGGCCAGUUCCUCUGGAAGUCAUUGUGAUUGACCAGAAUGACAACAGACCCAUCUUUCGAGAAGGCCCCUACAUUGGCCAUGUCAUGGAAGGAUCGCCAACAGUUACAGAGGCUGAGAAUUCCCAAGCUCUGCAGUCAGCAAGCUGGAGACCCAGGAGCACUGAUGGUAUAGUUCCUGUCCAGAAGCCAGGAGGCUCGAGAUCCAAGGAGGGCGAUGUUUCAGUGUGAAUGUAAAGGUGGGAAAAGACCACUGUCCCAGCUCAAAGCAGUCAGGCUGGAGGAGAAGGAGUGCCUUUUUUCUCUGCUUUUCUGUUCUAAUCAGGUGUUCAGUCGAUUGGCUAGGCCCCACCACUUUGGGGAGGGCAAUCUGUUCUACUCUGUCUAUUGAUUCAAACAGUAAUCUCACCCAGAAACCCCCUCACAGACACACCCAGAACAAUGUUUGACCAAACGUUUGGGCACCUCGUGGCCCAGUCAGGUUGACACGUAAAAUUAACCAUCGCCAUGUUGGAGGCAGAAUGUUGACCUUGACCCCAUGACCUCCACCCCCUGGUCUUACCCCUGCGCUUAUGUUGCCUUAACACAGCAAGAGAUUUUGUCAAUGUAAAUAAAGUUAUUAAUCAGCUGACAUUCAAAGAGGAAGUCUCCUAGAUUCUCCACGUGGAUCCAGUUAACCCCCUGAGCCCAUAAAAGCAGAAGAACGAGGCAGGAGAGUAAGAAGAUGCAGCAGAAGAGGGAAGUUUGAGAGAGCAGGCAGAGCCUGGUGCAGACAGUUCCAAAGCCCGAGAAGGACUCAAGCUGUUGUUGGCUUGAGGAUGGGGUUGGGCCGCAUGGAAAGCGUGAGAAGGAAAUUCCUUCUGCCGACACCCUGAAGAUGCUUGGGAAGGAUUUUCCCCAGAGCCUAUGGUAAGGAAUGUAGCCCUGUGCACACCUUGAUUUCGGCGGCUUGAGACCCACAUGAGCCCCGCCGUGCCCGCACCUCUGACCCACAGACACUGUGAAGCCGCUACUUGGUUACAGCAGAAGUAGAAAAGGCACACGGUAUCCACAUCCCAGUCCCUUCCAUGUCUGCCGCUGAUGAGCAAAGUGGCUUUUCCCAAGAAUGAAAACCGAAAUAGCCAAACCGAGGACCGAACUCAAGAGAAACACACAAAUUCACAAACUGUCUUAACAGCUGUCCAAAGUUCAAUUUCAAAUGAAUUACUAACUUAACGUUUUCAAGUAUUCCCGGCAUCAACAUCGUUCUUCAGUGAAAACCGCAUCACAAACAACUUUCAGGACGUGUUUAGCCACACAUGCAAAUGAAGCUUCUGUAAUUAUUAAUUCUUUGAAUAGUCACAUGAUGCCACUAAUCACAGCGAACCGUCCUUCGCAGAGGCCAUGCCGAUGGCAUUGAGAGGCUUUUCGGACGAGUCCCCGGGCCCGCUCAGCUUUCAGAAGUAACUUUGCCGCCAGUCACCUCGCUUUCCCAGAGCAGGUGUGUUUCUCAAGCUGCUGCAAUUUGAUGAGGACACGAACACAGAAAACAGCCUCAUCCCCGCAAUCGGGAUCGGCUGCUAUGUUAAUGCCGUUCAGCGAAACCUUCCAUGACCGAUGUCACGGCAGUCCCUGGCCUCAGCUUUGUGCAGCUUUUCAAUGUCUCCCUGGACGCUCUCCUGCGAGACACAUGUGGAAUGGGUGUGUUGGAAGGAACCCCUGCUGAUCGGCCCCUUAACAUCCUUGUUUAGGAACACAACCUCUCCCGGCCUGUCUCCCCUUCCAGAAUCCCAAGGAUGUCUGAAUCGUGGAUCGGACACGGCGACAGCGUGACUCUGUUGGGCGUGCCCCGUACACCGACGUGAUCAAGAAGACAGACAUGUGGGGCACCUGGGUGGCUCAGUCGUUAAGCGUCUGCCUUCGGCUCAGGUCAUGAUCCCAGGGUCCUGGGAUCGAGUCCCAUGUCCGGCUCCCUGCUCGGCGGGAAGCCUGCUUCUCCCUCUUCCUCUCCCCCUGCUUCUGUUCCUGCUCUCACUAUCUCUCUCUGUCAAGUAAAUAAAUAAAAUCUUUAAAAAUAUAUAUUAAAAAUAAUAAUAAUAAAAAAAAAAAGAAGACAGACACGUGCCCCUUCACCCAGCACAUUUUAUGCCAACACUUAGCACACAUUUGGCCACCAGCAUGCUUAGUCCUUAGUCAUUUGCUUUUCUUUUGUUUUUUUAAUAUAUGACAGCUCUACCACAGUAUAAUUAACAAUAUAAUUACAACUCACCCGUUUAGAGUGUGUAGUUCCGUGUUUUGUGGUAGACCCAUCGUUGUGCAGCUGUGACCAGUGUCAAUCUUAGAAUAUUUUCAUCAUUCCCAGAAGAAACCCCGUAUUCAUUAGCCAUUGUUUCUCAUUUUUCUCCAAACCCUCCCAGCCCUCGACAACCACCGAUCUCCUUUCUGUCCUGUGGAUCUGCCUAUUUUGGACAUCUCCUAUAAAUGGAAUCAUAUACCAUGUGGCUUUUUAUGGCAUCUUUCCCUUAGCAUAAUGCUUUCAAGAUUAUGCUAUGUUGUAGGUAUAUAUGCUCUGUUCCUUUUCGUUCCCAAAUAUGCCAUUAUAUGGGUAAUUAUUUUAUUGACAUUUUUAGAUUAUUAUUAUACCUUAUUUGUCUAUUCAUAAGUUGGUGGACAUUGGGGGAUAUUACUAGUUAGUAAUUGUGUGAGUUUAAUAUACAACACUGUGUAGGUUUAAGAUGUGCACUGUAUUGAUUCGAUGCAAUAUGAUCAACACUGUAGCAUUAACCAACACCUCUAUCUCGUCACAUCACUAUCCUUUCUUUUUUGUGGUGAGAACAAUUAAGAUCUAGUCUCUCAGCAACUUUCAAGUAUGUAAGAUGGUGCUGUUGACUACAAUCACUAUGCUGUGCAUUAGGUCCCUAGAACUUAGCUUCUUUUUUUUUUUUUUUAAUUUUUUUUUUUUAAGAUUUUAUUUAUUUAUUUGACAGACACAGCGAGAGAGGGAACACAAGCAGGGUGAGGGGCAGAGGGAGAAGCAGGCUUCCCGCCGAGCAGGGAGCCCGAUGCGGGGCUCGAUCCCAAGACCCUGGGAUCAUGACCUGAGCUGAAGGCAGUCGCUUAACCGACUGAGCCACCCAGGCGCCCCUAGAACUUAGCUUCUAACUGCAAGUUUGCACCCUUUGACCAAUACCUCCCCCAACCCCCCACCCUCAGCCCCUGGUAACCACCAUUCUACUCUCUGUCUUUAGGAGUUCAGCGUUUUUAGAUUCCAUGUAUAAGAGUGUUGAUCACAUACCCUGCAGACUUGCUGGAAGUCCUCCUUUAGCAUAGAUGCCAUUGAACUUACUUUAUAGGAUCAGUGACUAAUGUCCUAGCUCAUUUCUAAUGGUGUAUCUGCCCGAGUCCAGUGCUCACAUUCUGUUUCCUAUGCUUUCAUAAUUCUACAAGUAUUUGUAUGUAGAUAAGAUAGAUAUUAAACUGACCCAUUAUAUAUUAAUGCAGUAUCGCCCCAAAUCCCCAUUCUCUUUAGGUUUACCUUUCCUACACGCUAACUAACUAGGGAAAUAAUAUGACUGCUUGUUAAAAGUCACAACUUAGGAUGUGUCUUUCACUCCCAAACCAUCUUCUGUCUCUAAGUCAUCAUUGGAUUUUUCACCAUUCAUUCUAGCGGUUGUUUUUUUUCCUUAAACAUUUGAAAAUUGACUCAUUUCCUAAAGGCAGUGUAUCUCCCCAGCAAGAAUGCCUUCUUCCAUCAUUCUUGAUGCUAAAAUACAGCACUUGGGCCAGACCUGUAGAGUGACUGGAGAGUCCCUUCUAGUCUUGACACCUGUCCUACCCAUCCACCGACCACUUCUCUGAGGGCACUUCCCAUGGCUGACACCAGCGUCCCUUCUCUAGAAGCAGUAGGUGCCCCCGAGGAGCCUGCCACACAUGUGCGACAGCUCAUGUGAAAACAAAGUCUGAGUGAAAUGAUCUCUAGUAUGCAGCCCGCGGUUGGCUUGUCUCUCUGCCCCCAUUCUACUGCUGAUCCUGCCCUCUGUGUUGAGAACACCAUUGAACCUACCUGUAAACUCCAAAAUCUCUGGCCUCUCUAAUAUCUGGGGAGAGAGGUCACCUCUUCCUGUCUUAAUUCCUGUAUUUUUAAUUCCAGAUUCUGGGGACUCUCCAUGGCCCUGCUCUUUCAUGAACCCCUUCUUCUUGGUCUUCACCCACUUUCCCCAUCAUCCCUCUCCUUUUGCUGGACAGACAUGUCCAGGUCUCCCAGUCCUAACAGAGAGAACCCACCUUCACACUGUACUUUCCUUACAAGCUCGAAUAUACCUUUCUCUCCUCCCUGUCGCAGAAGUACUUUCUAAAAACAUGUUGUUUCCUCACGUAAGCAUUGUCUACCUCUGCCAGUAUAAAAGAUAAUUUUAGGUGGCAGAAUGAUGAAUUUUUAUUAUUUUAAUAGCUUUUUAUUUUGAUGCUUAGCUGAAGAAUACCUAGUACAUCAUUCCCAUGAUUUUAUUCAUAAAGUUGCUUAGAACAAGGUUAAGUUUUAAAGGUCAAUUUAAAGUAUAUUGAAAAAUAAAUAAAUCGGGGUACUGGUCAUACUCACAUAUGAUAAAAGUAGUCCCUGAAUGACUGAAAUAGGGGGAAACUUGGCAAUCUCAGGAUGGACUGUCCUUGGAACGCCCAAGGAGACCCACACUGCAGGAAGGCUAUGAGGAGAAGAGCUAAUGUGUUCAACGAGAGCUAAUCUAAUCCUCUCCCAGGUGCUGCUUGAGACCCUGCUGUGAAUGCACAGCAAUGACCAUGGGGAGAUAGGAUGGCCCAGGACCCAGACUAUUUGGGUUCACCUGAGUGGAUGUUCAGAUGUUUACUGGGCUGAAGCUUCAGCAAAUAGCGGCAUGCAUUGAGCACCCACCAGGGACCAACAGUGCACUAAGGUUUUCACAUUCACCCUUUGCAACAGCCUCAUAAGGGAGGUUCCACUGCAUCCCCACUUCAUAGAUGAGAACACUGAGUCUUGGGAAGCUAAGGCAUUGGACCCAAGAUCACUUGACUAGUAAAAGGAGGAGCAGAGAUUCAGGCAGGCUGGUUCUGAGUCAGCUCUGGGACCCACUGUGUUCUAGCUCAGAUCAUGAAGGCUCUAAUCCACGGGCCAUGUUACGUGGCGUGAGAACCUUUUUCUCCCAUGCCAUUCUUCCCCCAAAUUCACUACAAGAAAUAUUUAUGCAAAAUCAAUCAUGUGUCAGGUCGACUCCAGACAUAGAAGAUCCAGGAAGACCUAACUCACCUCUGCUUUCUGGGGAGAAUCAUGCAGACUAGUCAAGGAGACAAGUAAUGGCAUUACACUGUUCUCAGUUAGCAAAACACAUAGAGGGAGUCCUCGUUUUCUAUUAAUAUGGGUCCAGCGAAGCCGAGCAAUGGACAUUUUGCGAAGUCAAAUGGAACCUUUAUAAAAGACCAACAGAAAUGUUAUAGACAUAAAGCACUAAAAUCGUUUUUCCUAAAUCGUUUGUUGUCAUAAUAGAACCGAUCAGUUACAUCACCAGUUUUAAUGUGGUUUUUGACAACUUUCCCAGGAUUGGAGUUUGGGAGUAUUUGGAGAUUUCUGUGAUAUUGAACAAAUAUCUGAAAAACGAUACUGAAAGUGUUGGCUGCGUGUAAUAGCAUCUCAAUAAGAAACAGACGGUACGCUCACAUUAGGACAGUUGUAGGGGGACCUAUUUUAAAGGUGAAUUGCAUGGGAUGGGGGUGUAAUCCAAGCCAGUGAGAACAGAGCUGUUAUCAUCCCCAGCCCUAGGGAAUGAGGGAACAUUCUGACCUGGAAGGGGAGUCAUGCAGAGAGGGAUACUCUGGGGGGAACAGAGAUCUUCAGGGUGAGAUACGACCAGCCCAGGGCAACUCGGAAGGGAAUGAUGCAGGGGAAUAAGCACCCUGACCUCACCCACCUCCCCCACCUUCUGAUCUCUGAACUCACUGGGAAGUCAGAGGGCUUGUGCCAUCCAUUCAGGCCAGCCUCCAGUGACGGGGAGCGGGGCAGGCCGUGCUAAAGGCUCAAGCUGAAGAUAGUCCAUGUACAUUGGGAACCUUCUCUCAUGUUCUCGCUGCUGUUCCCUAAAUCAAAGACGGACUCCUGGGGCGUCUGGAUGGUUCAGUCGGUUAAGCGCCUGCCUUCGGCUCAGGUCAUGAUCCCAGGGUCCUGGGAUCGAGCCCCGCAUCGGGCUCCCUGCUCGGCGGGAAGCCUGCUUCUCCCUCUCCCACUCCCCCUGCUUGUGUUCCCUCUCUCGCUGUCUCUCUCUGUCAAAUAAAUAAAUAAAAUCUUUAAAAACAAACAAACAAACAAACAAAAAGACGGACUCCUGUGCUUUGAAUGGGAAAAACAAAAGCAAAACCUUAGUCCAACCCCUUGGCCUGAAAAUUCUGGGAUUUUGGCAGAAUCAACACUAUGUUUCAAAUGUAUCUAACUAUAAGGACAUUUUUCUCAAGGUAGAGAAUUUCUUUGCAUCCAUUUAACCACUACAAAUGAAUAACUAUGUAACCUUUAAGAAGAUUCCUAGCAUUUCCAUUGGUUUCUAAACUCAGAGAUACCUGCUUUUGGCAAAGUGAAGACUGUUAGUAUUUUUUUAUUCAGGCCUUUAAAGAAACCAUGUUUUCUCUUCUGAAAAAAAUUAACUAUCAGUAUAUGUGCUACUAGGUUCACUAAUAUUUGACUAAAUACUGUAACAUCUGUGUAGAAAACAUAGUUUUCUCAACUCUCAAACCCAACUAGAGUUUCCUGGGUUGUGCAUUUUGCAUUGUCAAGGUGUGAAGAGCAUCUGAGUUGGAACCCAUGCCCCCUUCAAGAUAUGAGUGGAUCCAGGUCAAUGAAUUGUUUCAAGGUAGAAGAAGUUUAAUGAAUACACCUCGGGCUGUGUGUUCCUCCAUUAGCAUUUGUUAUUACAAAACCAUUAGUCUGUCUCCGAUGCUUUCCCACAUACUGAUGGUGUCAAAAGAAUGACAGGUCUCUCAUUAAAAAUGCAUAAUAUCUUGCCUCCUGCCUCCUCUCAAACUCCGACUUAUCCUACUGUAAAUAUACCCCUCCAUGAGACUCUGCUGCAAACCAGCUGGAUCCUAUCCAGAAUAUCUACUUUCUGUCACAUCACCAUGUGGGCAGUCUAUAUAUCCAUAGCUAUAAUAUAUACGGAUUUGAGCUGCAAAGAAUUUGAGUCACCUCUUUAAUAACCGUGGGAAUUUCGCAUCUCAAAAAAUUCUGAAAAUGAUGUAAUGAUAUCAUGUAACAGCAAUUUAAUUUGCUAGGUAGGGAUUAAGAGCCGACAAAUUCCCUCUCUUUAAGUUCCCUUAAUUCUAUCUGUGCAAGUCAGAGCAUUCCACAUAUUCCCCAGCUUCCCAGCUGAUGUGCUAAAAAUGGUUUCACCAUACUCCUCUCAGACAUGCAACGAGCUAGACGAAGCUGUUGAGUUACUUACAAUCUGUUUACAUCACAUAGAAGGUUGGUUAAAUUGAAAUAAGCAUGUUUCUUAAUUAAGGAACAAAUUAAUUUUUAAAGAAGCGCUGAGACCCCCUUGGGUUACUGCGGAUAAGGGACUGAGCACGUGGUCUGUGGUUGUCUGUGUAAUUCUUUGCAGGGAAGGUCUGAAGUAUGCAGUGACACAGACAAUAGCAGCUUUGGGACCAAAUAUUUGUGGAUUAAAAAUUGUAGUCGUUCUGCGGAUGUCUGGUGAAUAUCUAUUGUGUGUGAGGAGCUGGGCUGGGGCCCCGGGGAACUUGAAGACGAGUACAACAGGUCAGACCCUUAACAGAGCUUAGGGUAAAAUGAAGGAAACAGCUUCACGUAUACAAUACUUAACAAAAUAUGCUAAAUGCUGGAAGAGAGAUUAAUAAAAUACCCCAGGAGCAUACUGAGAGCAAAGCAAGCUGAGGGGAUGAGGGCAUGGGGCAGAGAAAAGACCCCAAAAUCUCCCAGGUAGAAGGUGAUGGGUCAGCUGAGUCUUGGGAAAUGAGCAGGAAUUUUCUGUGGCUGACACCAGCAAGCUUGUUCCAGGCACAAAGAAUAUCUACGCAAAGACCUGAAGGAGUAAAGCAUGAUUUGAGAACACAGAUAAAGAGAGUAUGACUUGGGCAUAAGCUAUGGGGAUACCAGGAGCUGGAAAAGAUAUGGAGAGGCCAACAUGAUCCAGGUGACAAAGAGAGUCAGGCAUCAUGAGAAGUGGGCAUGUUAGGACUUUUUUUGGCUCCUAGUGACAGAAACCCAACCCAAGUUUAAGCAAAAAAAAAAGAAUUGUACUGGUUCAUUCAUUUAAAAGGCCAAGAGGGACUUCAGGAAUGGCUAUAUCUAGGUGGUCUAUUUAUGUCAUCGGGGACUAUUCCUUGCCUCUACUUUCCUCAGUGUUGGCUUUCCUAAGGUGGUAGCAAACUACAGUGGUCACCUGGCAUUUUCCCUACUACUUUAGCAACUCCAAAACACCCCUCAUACUUAUGAAAAUAUUAUUUACAUAUAAUUCCAUUCAGAGUCCUAGGUAUGACUCUGUUGGCCCAGCUGAAGUUGUGUGCCCAUCUCUGAAAUGAUCAAUGUGUGCACAGGUGUGGAGGAGUCUGAGUGGCCAGAUCUGAGUCCUAUGUUCACUGCUAGAGUCAGGCAUGGGGGACAGGGGAUAUCAGCCCUCCCUGAGCUACAAGGACUAAGAGAAGAAAAAAGGGUGGUAACCCAAAGGAAAAUAAGAAUGCUCUUACCCAGAGCAAGGGAACAGGUGCAGGGCUUAGAGAGAAAUGAAGAACUACUACGCGAAGAAGUGUAGAUGAGAGCUCUCGGUGAGUUUCAAGUGGAAUCAUGAUAUGGACGUAUUUGCAGUGGAAAGAAAUUAUGGUGGCUUCAGAGUGGAGAAUGUGUGGAAGAGAGGAGGAGAUGGACACUGGAUGGGGGGCUACACUGUCAACAAGGACCCGGUCUGAGGUGGUCAGGGUGGAGAUAGUAAGCAGGAGGUGUAUUUUGGAGAGAUUUAGGAGGUAGAAGAGAGGGACUUGGGAGUCUCAGGUGGAUUGUAAAGCGCCACAAAUUCUUUGAGGGUCCAUGUCCCCUCCCUUGGAAUGUAGGUGAGCUGUAUGACUGCCUUGACUGACAAAAUAUGGUGAAAGUGGCCCUUUCCUGUUGCCAAGUCCAGGCCUAAAGAAAUGAGCAGAUUUCAAUUACUUUCUCUUGCAACACUGGCUCUGGUGGAAGACCGCACCACAUAAGUAGUCUAUCUGGAGGCUGUCCUUGGAGAAGCUCAGACCAUAUAGAGAGGCCUUGAAUGAUGAGAAGUUAUUUGGAGAGAGAGGCCAUAGAACAGCAGGGUGCCAGCCAUGUGACUAGAGGAGCCAUCACGGAAGAGAUUCUUCACCCCCAGCUGACCCCACAUGGAUCUGAGAUGAGCCAACCAACUGAGCUCUUCUUGAAUCUUGACCCACAAAAUCUUAAGCAAAAUAAAAUGGUUGCUUUAAAUCAUUAACCAUGGGGGGAGGGUAUUUUUUUCUGCAACACUAAAUCACCAUAACAGGAACUGAAUUAAACACAAGCAAGAGGGAAGGGUUGAUGUUACAAAGUAAUGUCAAGGACUAUAGCAAAUGUUGACCAAUGGCAAGACAAAAGCUUAGAGCACGCAUCUAGCUCGCCCUGCCAUGUGUCCCUAAGAAGCCUGGUCCACCCCUCCCUCUCCUUGCUGAGCCCCAAAGCCUGUCUCUCUGUCUGUGGGUGUACAUUACAGACGUGGGCUGCAGUCUCUCCUCCUCCCUGGAUUCUCUCUUUGAUGGACUAUCGAGCUCUUUGUUGAGCUUUACUGUGAGUCAAGGGGACUGUCAGUCUUCCCAUGGCUGUAUUUCAUUCAAGCCCUUUAAUGUGCCCACUGGAGGUGACACAUCCUCUCAUAUGCGAUCACAGACCACAAAUGAAAAAAUACAACAGAAGUUAUUGGAUCCAGAAGCUGGCGAUGCUUUCUAAGCUCCCCCUGAUAGCCUCUUGUUUCCUCCACCUGAUGAUGACUCUCACAUUUAUGGUAUUGCUUGAAAAUUAUAACCAGAAACUUUUGUUUGGGGGUCAGUAGAGGAGGUCUUAGAAAAGUCAAAGGUAGGACAGGUGAGACUGGUCUUUGUUCUGGUAUCAAAUUAUCUGGUGGGAAGACCCUGGCACACAGCUAAGCAAUGAGGCACUUUAUAAACAUUAGAAAAAGGUGUCCCCUCUGGGCAGAUUAAUUACCAAAAAAAAAAGUGUCCCUCUGGAUAUACACAGCCCAUUAAGGUCUUGGUUUAAUAAGUGGCAGUUGAAUUGGUAUAAAGAAAAAUAUACCUCUUCCUCCAAGAAGUAAGAGGAAGGCAGGCUGCUCAUGAGUACUUUUGGGACCCACAACCACGUGAAAGAGCUUCCAAGAAGCAUGCCUCCCAGCAGCAACAGAGACAGCAACAAUUUUGCCAUCAUCACCACCAUUCACUGAGCCCCUACUAAGUGGUGGGCAUGAUGGUAGGCUUUGCAUGUAUUCAUUCUAAUCCUCAAAACAACCCUGAAAUACAGAUGCCUCUGUCCAUGACACAUCUAGACUGUGAAUCUCUGUGCCUUGCCUGGAAAUAUUGUAGGACUAGCAUUGGGAGAGACUUGACUUUGUACCCCUGUGUGGCUCCCUUUAAAGUAGAGAGCAGCUUCUUGGGGAGGUCCACCGAGAAAGGCCCACACUGGGGCCAUGACUUUGUGGUCAUACUGGCUCACAGAGGGACAUUAUUGCAUUCUAGUGAUGAUUAAUGACAUUUUGUGUGACUGUUGUUUUACUUCCCAUCCCUCAAAAAUGGAUCCCAUUGAGUUGGAUUGGCCACAUCUUCAGGUAGGAUCUAUGUGGACAAGGAGGUAAUGCAGCAGAGUGGAGUGGUUAAGACUCUGGGCCAUAUAUGGCCAGAUUUGAAUCUCUACUCCCCUCUUAUUACUUGUCUGACCUGAGGCAGGACUCUCAGCCUCUCUGAGCCUCAGUUACUUCCUCUUUAAAUUGAGACAGCUAGAGUUUGUUUUAAGAAUGCUAUUAAUAAUGCCUUUGAUUUUUAGUAAAUUCACUACACAGUCAUUAACACUACCCAAAGGUUGGUCCAAACACCCCAAUUAGUCUAGGACUCAGCUAGUGUUCAUAGUCUUCUAAGUUCACACCAUUCAUUGGCUCGUGCUGAAUUUGGGCUCAACUGGAAACUUGAGUGUAUAUUUUAUAUGAUUAGAGCCAAGAUGGAUCUCUCUCCACUUAGACCUAGUACAUGCAUAUGUUUGUGUAUAUAUUUGUGUGUAUACAUAUGCUUAUUCCUGAUGUCAGAUUUACCCAUAAUAAGUUUUAUUUAAUUAGCUUCAUGAAAUGGAAAGAAUUUGAUGUCUUAUCUCUUUCAUCUGGCUUACUGCCAAGUAUUCUUACCUCCUUUUAAAAAAAAAAAUCAUAAAAUCUCAAAAGCACAUAUUCUGAAUCUUCAUCAAAGUCAUAGCAGUUGUAUAUGGUUUAGGAGGGCACUGACCACAUCUGUCAACUAACAAAUAUUAAUUAGAUACCAACCAUGUGUCAAGAACUAUUCCAUGUGCUAUUGACCCGUCAAUGUCCAGUGUCCCCCUUGGUGCCUGGUAAAACGUCGCUGAAAAACACUGGAUGGGUAGAUAGAUGGGUGGGUGGAUGAUGAGGUUAUUGAAUAAAGUUCUAGAUCUUGGUCACAACACAAGAGAUCCUUGCCUAGAAAUUAACACUGUUCUCAUGAAUUUGACUGUACAGUUAUAAUUUCACUUAAAGGUAUAAUCUCCCAGCCCACAUUUUUCCCAUUGUUCCAUCAUGUAGUCAUGAGAGGGGUUUUCAAAUACCUUCCUGAAAUGAUUACACUGCAUCUUUGUCAUUCUCCUGGUUUAUUAAUCUUGUAACAACAGGCUUCAAAAAAGAAAGAAACACACUUGUGUACCGGGAGACAUGGGAGGAGACCCACUGUUGUCUGUUGAUCAGCUUGCUUGUGGUGGUUAUUUCACAAUGUAUACACACACCAAAACAUCAAGUUCUGUACCUUCAAAUGACACAAUUUUUGUUGAUCAUACCUCAGCAAGGCUGGGAAAAAAUAAUUUUGUUUGCAUGUGAGAGUAGAAUGUCAUGCAAAAAUAACUUUUAAAAAAAAUGUGUGUUUUCUGGUUAAUACGCCAUGUUCUACUUAUUUUCCCUGGAUCUUCAAAUCAUCAUAAGGAUGAUGGAUCAGCCUCAUGUCCCAUAUUGUGGGUAUAGCUCUGAUAUAACAGCAUAUUGUUUACCUAUUUUAAAAUUUAUCUGUGUUGUAUAGAGAAUGUGAAAAUAUAAGAAUCUAUUGAGUUCUUUUCACGUUUCUUUCUGAAAAUAAUGAGUCUAUAGACUGUUGAAAUAAACAGAAGGAAUAACCUUAACUUGCAAAAAUAAAUAAAUAAAUAAAGGCAAUACAUUGGAAAUUUCCUAAAUAUACAUCAAAAGGGACAUGGCUAAAUAAAAUUAAAAUAAUUAAAUGUUACAAUGCGAUUCAAAGGAGUGAGCCAAAAAAAAAAGGAGUGAACCAAAUAAUUUGUGUUUAUAUCUAUAUAGUCAAUGAAGAGAUAGGGCUCAGAAAUAAGACAGUCAACUUCUGUACAUACUCCAUAUGAUACAAUUUAUAAAAAUUUAAUAAAAACAUAUAUAUGACGUAUUACCUCAUGGAGACAAAUAUAUGCCCAGGAUGACCUGAGAUGGGCCAUGCUGGCCAGUUACAUGCUCUGGUACUGUGGCUAGUAGUCCUGACAAGGCUGGUGGUAAUGGAACAGGAAGUGAUGGAUGAAAGGAUGUACCUCGAUCUGUAAUGUUUUAUUUCUUUUGAAUAAAAUAAAGGCAAAGCAAAUAUGACAAAAUGCUAAAGUUGGCAGAUCCAUAUGGUGGGCAUACAGGUUUUUAUGGUAUUGGUUUUUUGUACUUUUCUGUGCUUUCUGAAGAUUCUCAAAAUAAAGAACUGGAGAAGGAGGUUAGCCCUUUCUGGUUACUGAACAUUGGUCUAUUCUUUCUAUUUUUUGCACCCAGAUAUAUUUUUCGGAAGACAUAACAUGAGAGAUGGAGUUGAAACCCUCCUAUCUACCUACAUCACUUAGGAUUAAGCUCAGCUGCAUGUAACAGAAAGCCAUCUGAAGUCACGUGAGAAGUUUGUUUUUCUCACAUAAAAGACAUACAGAGAUACAAUAGGGCAGUCUCACGGUGCCAUUCAGGACCAGGUUCUGCCCCCUCCACUCACAGCUUCCACCCUCGAGGCCAUUCGUGGUUCGGGAUGGCAGAUGCAACGCCAGCCUUCACAUCCACACUCUGGACCCGCAGCCCCUGCUCUCCCCAAGCUGCAUGCACCUCUGCUUCCUUCUCAUUAGCCACCCUUAAUCAUGUGACCACACAGCUGCCGAGGAGACAGGGGGACGUGAUGCUUCAUUAGGGGGAGUGACCUAAGAUUUGGGGUGGUUUUGUGUUUUCUGGCUUUGUUUUGUUUUUAAUUAAGGCAGGAGAAAAGAUUGUAUGUAACCUGUAUAUCCUUCUCCUCUGUGGGAUUACUUAUUCAUUUUUAAAAUAUCAGUAUGGACUCAUGGGAUUUGAAUUUUAGUCAUUGGGUUGUUUUCUGUCUCUAUCUUUAUUUGUAAUGCCGUGCUUAAAUUAGGCCAUAUUUGGCCAGUGGAAGCCAAAUACUGGUGCUUUUGAUCAUUUAUCAUUUUUUUUUUAUCACUUUCUUACUUACUUGUGAAAUAAGAUAUUCUAGGAUCAUAUUGUACUUUCCCCGCACUGACCCUGGAUGGAACAACUUGGUUCUUUUAGUGGAGGGUAGUAUUUAGAAAUCAAGGCCUGGGUGGUGCGCUCAUUAUUACGGCUCGGAUGUCAUUGUUUCUAAACCCUCAGCAGACAGAGUGAAGAGACACACACAAAUAUAUACUCAUGUGUACGUAUACACAUCCAUGCAUGGCGUAUGUCCAUAGAGGCAUGCAUCUCUAGCCGUACUCUACCUGUGUUUUUAUGCAUAUACCACAUUUUAAAACACAAGUUCAGACUAAUAUCUGCAAUUCCAAUCCAGUGUCUCAGGGCUUUUUCCAGCUGUCGCACCUUUCCAGGCUUGUACAUACCUUCUGCAACAGUGAGGAACCUGACAUUAUCCUCAGCUGAAUUACUAACUGGCUUGAUCAAGUCACUCGGUGUGACCAGUCUCCCAACCAUGCCAGUCAUCUUGUCCGCCUUCUACGUCUGCUUCACCCCUCUCCCUGGCACUCUCCCUUUGUCCCAUGCACCCAUCAGGUCUCCAUCAACUCCUCCAGCCAGUGAGGAAAAGGUGUAGGUUAAUCAGGUAAAUGCAUAGACAGCAAUGUGGGAUCACUAGGAGGAUUAAGCCAAAUUAGGAGCAAUCCAAGGAGGCUUCCUAGAGGAAGCUUGUUAAUGCUAACACCAGGAAGGAAGAAGAAUGUAUAUUCUAGGCAGAGGGGCAGCUCAGACAAGGGCAUGGGAGGGAAGGAAGCCUGGCGCCUUCUGAGACAGGUACAUUGUUCAGUGCAGCAGGAGCAGUAGAAGUAGAGAGAGGAGAGCAGUAGAGAGAAGGCUGGACAGGUGAGCAGGGCCAGAUGGUGAAAAGACUUAGAUGUAUCAGUUUGGAUGAAACUGUUGGUUGGAAUCUUUCAUUUCUCUCUCUUCACACACACCCUUGGCUUUUAGAUUUUCUGAAUACCCUCAAAUGAACUCACCUGUCAUUUCCAAAGUUCAUCUCCAUCUAUCUCAUGAGACAGGAACUCUGUCUUAUUUACCACUGUGCUCCAUCCUCUAGGAAAACGCCUGGCACAUAGUACAUGCUCAGUAAGUAUUUGAAUCACCAAUGUGUAUUUUUAUUUCAAACAGACUCUUCUAGUCCGCUGUCAAAAGCAGGCAGUUGGCAAAGCUCAGCCAACUCCCUGCUCAGGCAGCCCUACCGUCUACAUUUGCAUGGAAAGUGUAAUGGGUCAUGAAAUUGCAUCCGUUAGCAUGCAGAUGCUUAUAAAUAUGUUUUGCAAACAUUUCAUCCUAUGAAAAUAUAGGACCAAAGUACAAAAUUCUUAAGAGGCAGCAGCUGAAAGUAUUAGUUGAAAUUAGAGAAUAUCAUCAUUUCCAUUAAGUAGUACCAAAUUGUGUAAUGCAAGUAACAUCUUCAUGUUAAUUCUAAGAAACUGUCUGCCUCAUUAUGCAAAUAAGGCAUCCCAUGAUUUGGAUACAGAAUAACCCCAGUGAUAAAUGAACCCCCUAUUGUAAUAGCUUCCCCAUUACAAUUCCCUCCUUGGCAAAAUGACUACAAGCAAGGUGGCCUAAUCACAUUUAAGAGGCCCAUUUUAUCAGUCAGCAAAAGCUCAGCUAUGCUACAAUAAUAAACAAAUCAACCUCAGUGUCCUAACAGUAUAAAGAAAUUUGGGAUACAAAUAGGGCUACCCUCCUUCGUCUUGUAGUUACUCUAUCUAGAACAUGUGGUCUCCAGGGUCACUUACAUCAGAGGAAGAUGGGUGGCAAUGACAUUAGGCUUUUACCUCCCUCAGCCCAGGAGAGAAAUCUACUUCUGUCGCCAACCCGAUGGCCAGGACUAGUCACGUGGCCCCACGCUAACUGCAGGGGAGGCUGAGGAGCAGGGAAGCAUGCGGAAUGUUUGGUGAACACAUUCCCAGCAUGUCUCACCAGCCUCAGCUUGGACUGAGGGGAGGAAAGAACUGACUUCUUUCUAAAUUGGGACGCACCUGAAGCUCCUUCGGGUAGUUUUGAGGAUGCAGUUGAUCAAAUAGUAUAGAGUGUGAGCUUUGAUGACUGGUAUCUCCAUUUCUAGCUGCGGGUGCUAGGACAAUCACUUUAGAUUCCAGAGCCUCUCUGUCCUCAUCUGAACAUGGAAACAGGUACAUGUUCAGUAAACAGGUGCUACUAUUUGAAGUGAUGCUCGAUGCAGAAUCCCAUGGGAUCCUUUUCCAUGACAGGAAUUAAUCAGCCUUUCUCAGUGUGGAGAAAGAAUGUGUGGUCAUGGUCUCUUGACCAAAUCCUCAGCAGAACUCAGCAUCCAGGUAACCAGCCCUGGGCCACUGGCCACAGAGAAUAAGAUUCUAUAGUGGAAUGUUAGAGGCAGAGAUACUAUUUAGAGACACGUACUAACCUUGCUUUCUUCCCAUGGCUCAAGAUGGGGCUCUCUUAAACUCUCUAAACUAUAUUUCUUGUGUAAGUUCUUCUCAUAUGCUGCUAAAGCUCACCUAUAAAAGAAGGGUUAGGUGGCAAUAAGUGGGAUUCUCAGCUCCACCUAUCCUACUUUGGUAGUGUUACCAGCAAAGCCCUCCAGGGCUUUAGGACUCUAGAAGCCAAUUUAAGCUGCAGUAAAACAUGGCAUCCUUGCUUUGUGUGGCCACUUCUAUGGUAAGAUUUUGUAUCUUUAUCUGAUUUUAUGAGAAAUUAUACAUUUUAGGAUUAUGUUGGCUAUACAUAAUAAGAAAUAGGACCACUGUGGCUGAAACAAUUUGGGAGUUAUUUAGUGGCUUCCGUUGAGCCUCACAGUAAUGUCAUUGUGAUUCUCUUCACUCUGUCCCUCGGGACUUCAAGACGGCUGCCUCAGCUCCAGCCAUCACAUCUGCAUGCAAGGUAGAGGGGGUGGGAAGAGGUGGUGUCUAUCUCACCUUUUCAUUACAUCUGGAAAGCCCAAGAUUCCCCGAAUCAUCCUUAAGCCACUGUUACAAUAGACUUCUCCCAAUGUCUCAUUGGCCAGAGCUAUGUCAUAUACCCACACCUAAGGGAUGGGAGAGGAUGGAGAAAUUAAAUGUUUGCUUCUUUAGACUCUCUCAUAGAGGCAGGAAAGGAAGAACAAUGACCUGGAAUGGGUGUUAAGUCAACCAACCUACAAUGUUUGCCCCAGGAACUUACCCAAAUAUGUCAUGUGGGAGGGAGAGGAGGCAUGGCAUCCAUUCCUUUGCUCACCAGAAAAUACUGCAGUCAAUUCCCUUAACUCUGCAAUUCCUCAGUUUAGGGUUAUCUCUUCUACAGGAAGAUGUGGGCUGGAGGGUUCUUAUUCUCCACUGAGAGCCAAAUGCCUGUGGCAGCUCUCGGCUCACUUCUGGUUGUUUACUAUUUUCCAACUCACUGUGACUCUAGAAAGUAUUGGGCCUCAGUGGAGCUCAAAAUGGAUAUUAGCUCUUGGGUGCAUUUUAUUGAUUUGGGCACAGGAGGGAAAUUAUACUGCUGAGGAUUGUCACCCUGGACAGUUAAAAUCCAAAGUAAAUGAACUGAACAAACCUCCCCCUUAAAUAGUGCUCAGAAAUCAAAGAGCUGAAAAAUGUAAAUGGGAUUCAUUAAGAGCUGCAGAAUUAGCUUUCUUAUGGCGCUCUGGUACGGUUUUCUUGCAAAUCUCAAGAACUUGAGCUCAUGGCAAGUUCGGGGCAUGGUUAAGAAUGGCUGAGUGGACAAUGGAUGCCAGUGAAAGAAGCUCCUUAAUACGCCCGCCUUAGGAUGUCCAGUUGCCCCUAUAACAGUCCCCCCACCACCACUUAAGCUUUCCAGCCCCUUCAUCUGCCCUGGGACCGUGUUUACACAGCCAUGGCAAAGUGCUAGCUGGCAUCAAUUUUCAUUGUGCUCAUUUUAACACACAGGAGUUGAAUAUUCUGGAAUUUCUGCUGUGUUUAGGUUUUUGCCUUCAAAGUCUGCAAGAAUAAUUAUUGGUUCACCUUCCUCUGGUGGACUGACUCACUGGGGUUUAGUGAUCAGGCCUGGGCGUUUGACUGCCACUCUGAGUGAUACCAGCAUGGAUGGCAGAUGCAUUCUGUUUGGUCUCUGCCGUGUUCUGAAAAUAGAUUUCAUUUCAGAAUCACAUUUCUGUCUCCUUUGGGGAAAAGAGGGGAAGAUUUGAUGAUGCUGGACAAGUGUUUACAGCGGGGGGCCACCACUGGGGCUGGGGAUGAGCAGCCACUGCCUGCUCGGAUCAGGGCAGCCCCAGUCCCCACCGUGCCCUGUUGCCUUCCAUUCUGCCAUUGCCGCCUCUUCUCUCCCCCUGCCUGGUCACCAUGGGCAUGGCCCUGGUGUCCCCUGUUCCGGAUGGCCUCCCUCACGCAGCCGUUUCUAACUGCACCAGGGGAGUUUGUGUGGUGAACCAAGACCUCUUCUGGCUUCUCUCCAUCCUCUCAAGCCUUGUUCCCCAUAUGGUCUGGAGACAGUGGCCUCAGAAUCCCCCAGGAGUUGUUAGAAAUGCAGAAUCCAGGGCUCUGCCACAGACUUACCAUAUCCGAGUCUGCAUUUUAACAAGAUGUCCAUAAAGUGGGAGAAGCUCUGGUCUAAAGCGGAGUGUUUCAUCCUUGGCUGACAGUAGAAAUGACAGACCGGGGCACUUGGGAAAAUCCACCUCGCAGGCCACACCCCAAUACCAAUCAAAUCCUGCUGGGUGGGGACCUGAGAACCCAUACUCUCAGCAGGGGCCCCUGGUGCUCUGGUGUGCAGAUAGGUUAAGAAAGUUCUCCUCAACAAGCCAGUUCUCAGAUGUGGAUAUGCAUCAGAAUCAUCUGGGUGGCAUAUUUUUUUUAAGAAAACAUUGGAUAAACAUUGCAGAAAUUUAGAAAAGUCAAAUAAACAAAACUAAGAACACAAAAACACCCAUGGUCACCCCAUCCAGAGACGAACAUGCUUAACACCAUAGUAUGUGACUUCUGUUUUUAAACCUGCUUUUCUCAGUUGGCAGUAUCCAUUUUUCUAUUAGAAAAAAAUAUAUAUUCGUUUUCCCCAGUUGACCCAAAAUGUCCUCUACAAUUAGUGGUUCUGUCUAAACUGAGAUCCACUCCAGGACCACACAGUGGGAUGCUAAGGGACUGGCCUAUUUACUGGACACUAGGGCCCAUCUUUUGGACUUAUCUGGUCCCUUCCCCACUGUGCUACUUAGCUUGCUGCUCUAUCCUGAGUGAUUUCUUUUUAAUGCACCUUCCAGGACUCCACUGGCACACUGGGAAUUAGUCUUCCGGGACUGGGGCCUGGAAGUCCACAGUGUGUGUACUUGCCCAGUUGGGUCUGAGCUUGAGAACUAAGGCAUCCUGAUUCAUUUGGCCAAGAAAGAUAACUCGGUCCCUAAACCUACCAGAACCAUUGCCUCAUGUUUCUGGAUGCAGAGAUCACAAUAUUGUGAUUUAUGAGAAAAAUAUAUAUU